AUGCCAGUGCUGGUCCCCCCUGCUGAGCGCAGCCAGAACACGCUCGUGGGAGCCCCAGCAUGGCACAAGGCGGCCCAAGCUGCCACGCUGCGGGCGAAGAAGCUGACCGACCGGUGCGGUCGCGAAGUCGUGGCCAUGUGGCAGCCCAAGGACAGCGUGCGCGACCCGAACGUAGCUCACCACCUCUGCCGCGCCGCCUACAUCCAGCCCUGGCGCUUCCGCGUGGAGAUGGUGAGGGGCGGCGGCAAGGUGGAGCACCCGCCGCCCGGUGACGGCGUCACGCUGUGGAAAAGCAAGAUGAAGCCGCCCCCGUGGCACGCACCCCUCCCCACGUCCCUGCACCGCGACGCGUACGCCCUGCAGACCGCAGAGGUGGUGCACGCGCACGCCCGCGGAGCGCGCUACACCGCCGCGCGCCUCAGCCGCGCGCAGCACCAGAUCAACAGGCAGCUCCAGCAGCUGCUGCGCCGCCGCAAGGCCACCAGCCGCAGGCUCGGCGAGGUGCACAAGGGCCUGCUCGUCAACCAGCAGAGCGCCAAGCUGCGUGGCUACCGGCCCAAGUGCGAGAAGGUCCCUGACAAGGCUGACCAAAUGCUGAUAUGGGAGAAAGAGGAGCUGAAGGCCAUGAAGAGGAAGAUGGAGAUAGACAUGGAGAAAUCGGAGGCUCUGCUUAAGGCCCUGGCCUCCUGCCGGGACACUCUAGGCUACUAUGUUGAGGAGCGACUCCAAGUUGUGGACUUUAUGAACCAGCCACUUGAGAAGGUUCUGGAUUACAGCUGCCACCAGUCAAUUACAGACUUCUCAGGGCCACUCAGCUCUUCCCCUCGGGGCCAGAAAACUCAGCUUCCAGACCCCUUGGGCUCCUUUACUCCAGAUUGCGCGGAGGCGCUGCAGCAAGCCAAGCAAUUGAUGGCUGAGUCCCAGGACACUUUGGAGGAUAUGGCCAAGAACGAGGCGCACGUCCGAGAGCAACAGCGGCAGAUCAACGAUCGUGUGGGCGCCACGCUGGGGCAGAAGAUGCUCGAAACCAAAGAGCUGAGCCACAAAAUGAACGUGGCAAUGGGACUGAUGAGGGGAACCAUCAACCGGUGCACAAAAUUCAGCCAAGAACUGCACAACACCCUUGGCUCCAUCAAGGGUCCCCUGUUGAAAUGUCACCUGGAGACCCGAGAGAAGCUGGAUAGACCCUUGGUUCGAGUGUACCAGAGACAUGUGGGCACCCAACUCCCCGAGGCCUCGCGCCUCACCCAGGGCGCCAACAAGCUGCACAGCCACGUCGUGCAAGUGGAGAAGAACCUGAACGAUCUUUUGGCUGAACACAGGCACCUCAGCCAUAGCCUCAAUUGCAAGAAGAUAGGGUUUGAAGUGGAUUACAACGUGGUGCGCCUGCGUAAGCGCCAGCGGAACCCGCACGUGUCCUACGAGGCGGCGCAGCGCCUGGUGAACGACUGGGAACCCAAGACGCCUCCACGCACCGAGAUUGGCACCGUCCUCCAGUGA